GGGGCUGCGGGCGCCAUGGAGCCGCGGUGCCCGCCGCCGUGCGGCUGCUGCGAGCGGCUGGUGCUCAACGUGGCCGGGCUGCGCUUCGAGACGCGGGCGCGCACGCUGGGCCGCUUCCCGGACACGCUGCUGGGGGACCCGGCGCGCCGCGGCCGCUUCUACGACGGCGCACGCCGCGAGUACUUCUUCGACCGGCACCGGCCCAGCUUCGACGCGGUGCUCUACUACUACCAGUCGGGCGGGCGGCUGCGGCGGCCCGCGCACGUGCCGCUCGACGUCUUCCUGGAGGAGGUGGCCUUUUACGGGCUGGGCACGGCGGCGCUGGCGCGCCUGCGCGAGGACGAGGGCUGCCCCCUGCCGCCCGAGCGCCCCCUGCCCCGCCGCGCCUUUGCGCGCCAGCUCUGGCUGCUCUUCGAGUUCCCCGAGAGCUCGCAGGCCGCGCGAGUGCUCGCCGUCGUCUCCGUGCUCGUCAUCCUCGUCUCCAUCGUCGUCUUCUGCCUCGAGACCCUACCCGACUUCCGCGACGACCGCUACAACCCGGGGCUCGCUGCGGUAGCUGCUGCAGGCCCGUUCCCCGCUCGGCUGAAUGGCUCCAGCCCAUUGCCUGGACCCCUGUCUCGCAUGCCCUUUGAUGACCCGUUCUUUGUCGUGGAGACGUUGUGCAUCUGUUGGUUCUCCUUUGAGCUACUGGUGCGCCUGGCAACCUGCCCGAGCAAGGCAGCCUUUUUCAAGAACGUGAUGAACCUCAUCGAUUUUGUGGCCAUCCUACCCUACUUUGUGGCGCUAGGCACCGAGCUAGCCAGGCAGCGGGGUGUAGGCCAGCCAGCCAUGUCACUGGCCAUCCUACGAGUCAUCCGACUAGUGCGCGUCUUCCGAAUCUUCAAGCUGUCCCGGCACUCAAAGGGCCUACAGAUCUUGGGCCAGACACUACGGGCCUCCAUGCGUGAGCUGGGCCUCCUCAUCUUCUUCCUCUUCAUCGGUGUGGUCCUCUUCUCCAGUGCCGUCUACUUUGCCGAGGUCGACCGGGAGGACUCCCAUUUCACCAGCAUCCCUGAGUCCUUUUGGUGGGCAGUGGUCACCAUGACCACAGUUGGCUAUGGAGACAUGGCACCCGUCACUGUAGGUGGCAAAAUAGUGGGCUCUCUGUGUGCCAUCGCUGGUGUGCUGACCAUUUCCCUGCCAGUGCCCGUCAUUGUCUCCAACUUCAGCUACUUUUACCACCGGGAGACAGAGGGCGAAGAGGCCGGAAUGUACAGCCACGUGGACACGCAGCCCUGUGGUCCACUGGACGGCAAGGUCAAUGGGGGGUUGGUGGAUGGAGAGAUGCCUGAGCUACCACCUCCUCUCUGGGCACCCCCUGGGAAACAUAUGGUCACCGAAGUGUGAGGAACAGUUGAGGUCUGCAGGACCUCACAUUUCCUUGGAGGGAGGGAGGGAGGGAGA